AUGCUGCCAGACGCACCAGAGAGCACGUCAAGGGGUUGGGGAUGGCUUACACUCCGCCGCCCAGAACACGAUAUUAAAAUCGGCAGGCCAUUGUCAGCCGAAUCCAUGGGUGGAUAUGCUGCCAUCCGUGUCAAUAUGAAUCUCCUCCUGCCAGCCGCUGUUUUGUUGCCCCCCAAAUUAUACGCCGCCUGUCUGUGCGGGAGUUAUUACUGGCAUCGAUGCUUCAAGGAAAUCAGAACUCCUCGUCACCGAAAAAAAGAGAACGGGAUCCACAAGAAAUACCAAGAGCUCGGUCCCACACUGAGAGCCAAACAUCCAGCUAUUUUAGCCCUGCCAAGGUUGACAAUGGAAGCUAGCCAGGGGAUCCACAUGAACUCAAGACACAAUGGUGCUGGAUAUGUGAUCCCAUCAGAUCCAUCUUACCACAUAGGAACAGGAACACCCUCAUGCUUCACAAGAGCCCGCAGGGCGUUUCGAUAUGAGCAUGACGAAUGUCAAGCUUCUUUCACAAAGUCUUCUACAAAGAGCCAUACGCAGGAGACAGCAGGGUCAGUGUCCUCCUGCUCGUCUAUUAAGUUUCGUUCCAGCGUCGAUCAGCACACAGCCGGUCACAUACUGGGUACAAAGUUACAACACAACCUGAUGUUUGGCAGCUUCACACUGUCGAUAUUGCGAUGCGUACGGCGAAUUGGCCCAUUCAUAGAAAAUCAGCCAGAAAUCCUUCGCAUUUGCCAGCUGCAAAACAUGCAGGUGCGAGAUGGAGAGAUACACAGAGCACGGAGGAAGACUACGGCUGUUCCUGAUUCUUCGGAGGAUUGGGGUAUGAUUCCUGACCAGCAAUCUCAUCUAUGA